CACCCGGCUGCCUCCUACACUCUUUUCUUCCUUCAAAGUUCAGCCUGGUAAAGAGAUGGGAAAGAAAGACAUCAAAAUGUUCACAGCUUCUCUGUCGGGGUGGCGGAACUGCAGACAAGUCCGCCUUUCUUCUUGAUCCUUCCCUGUGGUUUCCAGGAUCUCCACGGAGGGAUGUCAGUGACCUAUCCCGGCCUCCCUAUCGUGGUCUCCCUGGCCAACACGACUGUCUUCUUUAGCUGCAGAAUCAACUACCAGAACAUUCCAGGAUUCAAGGACUUCACCGUUAGCUUCUUUUAUGUGGACCUCCAUGGCAAGAGAAGUUCGGAGAAGCCGAUUCACUGCCAACACAGUCCUGGCGCAGAGAACCAAACCGUGGAUUGCGUGGUUGGGCUCAGCCUGCCAGGUGCAUCAGCCACUGGCACUUACUACUGCUUAGUCAAGGGGCCGCUCGAAAUGCAGGGUGAUGGCGUCUUCAUUCUGGUCAGAGACACAGGGUACCAGCCACCUUCAUUUAAGGUCCAGGAGGCCUUGAUGUUUACCUUUACCAUCCUGCUGAGUGUUCUGAGUGUACUCGGCACAGCUCUGCUGCUUUGGAGGAAGAAACAGGUGUCAGUUCUGGGCAAUCACACCACAAGGACGUGCCCUGGUCCCAAAGCCACCGGCGAAGCCACCAAGCCUCCAGCAGAGUCCAUCUACACGUCUCUACAGCCCCGAGAGACAGAGGUCUACGCCUGCCUCGGGGGAGAGACUGGUAGCCCUGUCUCCAGCCAAAGUCCACCCUCCAAGGAGAAACUGAGUAGGUUUGAGGAUGGCAGUGAAUCCAACAUGGUCUAUGAAAAUCUCUAGGAGAAGUUCUACCGGCCUCAAGCCUUGUCUUGGAUCGGAACCCCAGAGCUACUUCUCCUGUCUGAGGACCAGGAGUAGGGCCUUCAGGACACCCCAUCACCUCACCUGACAGUCAGGGCUCUCCCUGCCCUUGCCUGGCCUGCUCUCACAUUCUGCAUCUGAGCCUGAACAGUUAAUGUCCCUGGGAUUUUCCCCCCAGACCAUUCCCUCUAUCAGGAGAGCCAUUCCUCCCCCUGGCCC